AUGGAUGAAAGUUUAGAUGGUGAAUGCCUCUCUUACACGAAAGAUGAACUGCAGAAUGUCAGAAGUGUAAUUCAAGAAGACGACUUAGAAACGUUACCUUUGACCACUGAAAGCAAUGAUUUUAACGAUCAGGAUUAUUCAGCAAUCACACAGUUAGAAUUAAUGAGACUUGACAAUAAUGAGCAUCCGAUGAAGCCAGAAAGGAGAACUUUUUUGAAUGAAUAUAAUAUUGAAGAAGCGGAUGAAAAUAUCAUCAAAGAAUCAGAGACUGUAGAGCAAGAAAGUUAUGCUCCUUCUGAAAUAGAAUCAGCUUACACAGUAGAAUCUCUUGGGAUUAUAAAUGGCACUGAUCACUGGAGCGACAAUUCAAAAGUUUCUCAAGAAUCUUUGGAAAAAUUUGGAAGCAAUGGAAAUUUCAUGUCCUCUGAUGAUUUGGAUAAAUUCAACCUCAGUUUCAUUAAUAACAAUAUCAGCAGCAGUAAUGAAGAUGAAUUUACUCCUGAAAAAAGUCCGACCACAUUGAAUGAUAAGUUAUCAAGAUCAGCAGCGGAAAAUGAGCAGAUCACAGCUUCAUUGUUAAUUGAUGAUCGGUGCAGUUCUUUGACAAAAUCAAACGAUGAUUCCAAAUUGUUGGACGCAAGUUUUAAUGAGACUGAGUUAAUCACAAAUGUUACUGCUAUUAACGACAAAGAAGACAGUAUUCCAAAAAUGUCAAGUAGUCCUGUAAAAACAUCGAGGCCCAAAAUCGAAGAUACCGAAAUGCCAACAAAAGGUUAA